AUGACUCCUUAUGAAGCUCUUUAUAGGAGAAGGUGCAGAUCUCCUGUUGGAUGGUUUGAGGUUGGUGAAGCUGGGUUGAUAGGACCAAAUUUAGUUCAUAAAGCUAUUGAAAAGGUGAAAGUGAUUCAAGAGAGGUUGAAAACAGCGCAAAGUUGUCAGAAAUCUUACACUGAUGUUAGGAGAAGGGAGUUAGAGUUUGAAGUAGAUAAUUGGAUGUAUUUAAAAGUUUCACCAAUGAUAGGUGUUAUGAGAUUUGGCAAGAAGGAGAUGCUUAGUCCCCGUUACAUUAGCCUUUACAGAAUAUCGAAAAGGGUAGGUAAUGUAGCUUAUGAGUUGGAGCUACCACAAGAAUUUAUCAAGUCAGGCCAAGAGAAUUCUGACCUAGACAAGAAUCAAUAUCCUAAUCUUCGAAUCAAAACAAAGCAAAUCGGUAAAGGGGCUGAGGAAUAUGGACGUACAUCAGUGGCAAUCACACCAUGA